UGACUGUCUCCUGCUUUCAGAAACCAGAUGUCUUGACCACUGGUGCUGGGAACCCCAUAGGAGAUAAGCUUAAUAUUCUGACAGUGGGGCCACGUGGACCUCUGCUUGUCCAAGAUGUUGUUUUCACUGAUGAGAUGGCUCAUUUUGACAGAGAGAGGAUUCCUGAAAGAGUUGUGCAUGCCAAAGGAGCAGGAGCCUUUGGCUAUUUUGAAGUCACUCACGAUAUCACCCAAUAUUGUAAGGCAAAAGUGUUUGAGCACAUUGGGAAAAGAACUCCAAUUGCCAUUCGAUUCUCCACUGUGGCUGGAGAAUCUGGCUCAGCUGAUACAGUCCGUGACCCUCGAGGCUUUGCCAUGAAGUUCUAUACAGAAGAGGGUAACUGGGAUCUGGUGGGAAAUAAUACCCCAAUCUUCUUUAUUCGGGAUGCAAUGCUGUUUCCAUCCUUCAUCCAUAGCCAGAAGAGGAACCCUCAGACUCACCUGAAGGAUCCAGACAUGGUGUGGGACUUCUGGAGUCUUCGCCCUGAGUCUCUGCAUCAAGUGUCUUUCCUGUUCAGUGACCGUGGAAUUCCUGAUGGCUAUCGCCAUAUGAAUGGAUAUGGAUCACACACCUUUAAAAUGGUUAAUGCUGAGGGAAGAGCAGUUUAUUGCAAAUUCCAUGUGAAGACUGACCAGGGCAUCAAAAAUCUGCCUGUUGAAGAAGCAGCAAAAUUGGCUUCUACUGACCCUGAUUAUGCUAUCCGUGACCUUUACAAUGCCAUUGCCAAGGGAGACUAUCCAUCAUGGUCUUUCUACAUUCAAGUUAUGACCUUUGAAGAAGCAGAGAAGUUUCCAUUUAAUCCUUUUGAUUUAACUAAGAUUUGGCCACAUGGUGACUACCCUCUCAUCCCUGUGGGAAAGCUUGUCUUGAACAGGAAUCCUGUCAAUUACUUUGCAGAGGUGGAACAGAUGGCAUAUGAUCCUAGCAACAUGCCACCUGGAAUUGAACCUAGCCCUGAUAAAAUGCUGCAGGGUCGACUGUUUUCGUAUCCUGACACCCACAGACACCGUCUGGGCCCCAACUACCUCCAGAUCCCUGUGAACUGCCCCUUCAGAGCUCGUGUGGCCAAUUACCAGAGGGAUGGACCAAUGACUGUGUCUGACAACCAAGGUGGUGCCCCAAACUAUUAUCCCAAUAGUUUCACUGGUCCAGAAGAUCAGCCCAUGCUGAAGGAGAGCAGAGUGUUUGCUUCAGGGGAUGUGCAACGCUUCAACAGUGCCAAUGAAGACAAUGUGACUCAGGUCCGGGAAUUCUACCUCAAAGUGCUGAACGAGGGUGAACGCCAGAGGCUGUGUAAGAACAUUGCAGAUCAUCUGAAGGAUGCGCAGCUCUUCAUUCAGAAGAGAGCUGUGAAGAACUUCACUGACGUUCACCCUGACUAUGGUGCUCGUAUCCAGGUCCUGCUGGACAAAUACAAUGCUGAGAAUGGGAAAAGGGAUGUAAUUAGGACAUACACCCAGUCCACAUCUCGUAUGUCUGCCAAAGAGAGAUCCAACUUGUGAAGUGCUGCAGAGAUCUGCUCCAUGAAUUUUGCAUCCUUCCAACUGCUCAAGAACCUGCUUAACUCGUUAAGGAAUGUAGCAAACUUCAGCUUAAACACACAAGUGUUUUGUAAGCUUUCAUGUGUAUUGGAAACCAGGUAACACAUCUAACCGUCCUAGUGCCUUUCAGCACUUGCUUUACUGCUUGAUAACAACUUAGGGUGUUUAUAAAGGCAAUUCAUGAUAAAAAAAUUAUCUUUGUUUCUAGAAGCAAAGACAAAUUUAAUCAAAAUACUGGGUUUUUUUGUUGUAAAACUUUCAUGGCUAAAUUACACACUAGAAUUUCUCUAACGACACUGUGAUUAUCCAUAGGGAUAACCUUGUUCAUGUUCAAAAGGUAAUGUUGCUCAAUAUUUCUAAUAAAAUAGUUAUAUCUAUGUAUUU